AUGGCAGACGCCAUGCUGCAAUCUCAGGCGGAUCGGUGGACAGGCGAAGCCGAUCACCAGAGAUAUCAGAACCAUUGGGGCUCAUCUUGGUCAUCCUGGGGGCGCUGGGGCAAGGAGAAGGAGCGGCAGUGGUCAUCACCAUGGGCAAAGGAACCCAGAAGCUUGCACCACAAUGGUGACAGCGGUGCCCAUCAGUCCUCACAAGAGCAGUGGGCAAAAGAUGACAGCGACGAUGACUGGGGCUCCUGGACAGCUCCAAAGGAGCCGAGGACCGUGGAAGUUGUGGAAGUUCAGCCAAAGGAGCCCGAGGCAAAGAGGCCUCGGCUUGCAAACGGGAACAGCGAAGCCGGCAGCAGCCAAGUCCAGUCGGCACCGAAGGCAUCCGUGUGGAAGAGGAUGGAAUCCACGCGGCAGGCUGGUAUCUUCUACUACUUGAACACGAUCACAAAUGAGACACAGGUAGAACCGCCGCCACCAUGGCAGAAACUACAAUCCAGGCGCAAUCCAGACACCUCUUACUACUGGAACCCAGAGACAUCAGAAGCAUUGCUGGAGAAGCCGGACAUGUGA